AUGAACACGGAAGACGAGGUUCUGAAGGCUGCUAUUGCCAAGUAUGGCAAGAACCAAUGGGCCCGCAUCUCCUCGCUCCUCGUCCGCAAGACGCCAAAACAGUGCAAGGCCCGAUGGUACGAGUGGCUGGACCCGUCUAUCAAGAAGACAGAAUGGUCGAAAACGGAAGACGAGAAGCUGCUGCACCUCGCGAAGCUGAUGCCCACCCAAUGGCGCACCAUUGCCCCCAUCGUCGGCCGGACGGCGACGCAGUGCCUGGAGCGGUACCAGAAGCUGUUGGACGAGGCGGAGGCGAAGGAGAACGAGGAGCUCGGCCUCGCAGGGCCCGGAGGUGAGGCGGGGCCGAGCGCGGACGACGUGCGCAGGUUGCGUCCGGGCGAGAUCGACCCUGACCCGGAGACGAAGCCUGCGCGGCCGGACCCCAUUGACAUGGACGAGGAUGAGAAGGAGAUGCUGUCUGAAGCCCGUGCUCGCCUGGCCAACACGCAGGGUAAGAAGGCGAAGCGCAAGGCGCGCGAGAGGCAGCUCGAGGAGGCUAGACGGCUCGCAGUGCUCCAAAAGAAGCGUGAGCUGAAGGCCGCGGGUAUCAUUAUGCGUCACAAGACGAAGAAGAAGGGCAUGGACUACAACGCCGAUAUUCCCUUCGAGAAGAGACCUGCUGCAGGCUUCUAUGACACCUCGGACGAACAAGCCCGGGCGACUACGGCUCCUGUCGGCCAGACGCUUCGUCGUCUUGAGAACAAGCGCAAGCCGGAGGACGAGGAAGCUGAACGCAGGAAACGCCAGCGCAAGGGCGACGGCAAGGGCGAGGCGCCUCACCAAACUAAAUUUGUUGCUGCGCGCGACGCUCAGAUCCAGAAAUUGAAGGAGGCAGAGUCUAUCGGGAGGCGGCAAAAGCUCAAUUUACCAGCCCCUCAGGUCGGAGAGAAGGAGCUGGAGGACAUCGUCAAGAUUGGUCAGGCUGGUGAAAACGCGAAGUCGCUGGUCAGCGGCGGUACGGAAGCAUCUGGCAAGUUGCUCAAUGACUAUGAAGGCCUGGAGAAGGCCCAGAUGGCGCGCACUCCUCGGACUGCACCUCAAUAUGAUAACGUCAUGUCUGAAGCACGAAACCUCCGAAACAUGACGAUGUUGCAAACGCCUCUCCUUGGGGACGAGAACACCCCUCUCCAUGUUGGCCCUCAAGGCGGCACUGGUUUUGAGGGCGCGACGCCUCAGCACCAAGUCGCAUUCACGCCGAAUCCGUUGGCGACUCCGAUGCACUCGGGCGGCCUUGGGCCUGGAGCCACGCCCAGGUCAGCGAUUGAGGCCACCCCAGGCACAUCCAUGCGCACCCCGAUGCGUGACGGUCUCAGCAUCAACCCCUCCGACGGCUUUUCCUCUGUUGGGGAUACUCCGCGGGACCAACGCCUCAGAGUGACGUCAGCAAAAAGAGCUCUCCAGGCCGGGUUCAUGAAUCUGCCGAAGCCGGAGAACAACUUCGAGCUGCUCGUCCCUGAAGACGAAGACGAAGAGCUCAUGGCCGGCGGCGCGGGGCCAGAGGAAGACGCAGCGGAGCGGGACGCCCGUCUGAAGCGGCUCCGAGAAGAGGAGGAACGGAAGGCACUCGCUCGUCGAUCCCAGGUGGUCCAGCGCGGACUCCCGAGGCCGGCCAACGUCGACGUCUCGCAACUCAUGAAGGCUCUGACAGUCGACGACGAGGACGGUGCGGCGGCGAAGCUGGUCCACGAGGAGAUGGCGCAUCUGCUGCAGCACGACUCGAUCGCCCAUCCCAUUCCUGGCACAAUGCACCCCGGCGGGACCCGGUCGGCGUACCAGACGCCGCCUGACGACGCGCUGGCGAGGGCGAGGAGCCUGAUCCACGAGGAGCUCGGGGCGUCUCUCGGCUACCCGGGCGCGGGCGAGGAAGUGCUCCGGCAGGGCGUGGUCGCGCUGUCGGACGCGGACGAGGUGGACGAGUCGCUUUCGUGGGUGCAGGUGCGGGCGCAGCUGGCGUACGACGUGGAGUCGAACGCGUGGCUGACGGCGUACCGGGAGGCGAUGGCGAAGGAGGCGGGCAAGGUGGGCAAGGCAGAGAAGAAGCUCAACAUCGUCCUCGGCGGGUACCAGGUGCGGUCGGGGGCGCUGGUGAGGCGGAUCCAGGACGGGUUCGCGGAGCUGCAGAAGGAGAAGAUCGAGUACGAGAGCUUCUCGCGCCUGCGGACGAACGAGGGCGCAAUGGGGCCGAUCCGGCUGGCGGGCUCAAGGAGGAGGCGGCUGCAGGAGCGGUACGCGGAGCUGGAUGGCGAGCGACGAGAGGUGAUGGGCAGGGUGGGCGACCUGGAGGAGCGGGUGAUGGCCGAGGCAGAGGCAUUGAACGAGGAAGCCCUGGCCGGGAUGCAGGAGGAGUGA